AUGAGGACCAUGAUGAGGACCAUGAUGAGGACGACGACGAGGAGGAAUACAACCCUGCCGAGCGUGAGCCCUCCGCCUACGACGCCUCGCAGUCCUUGUUUCAGCGCGGCUCAGGUCCUGGAACAGAUAUCCUCCAGUGUCGACCAAGAAGACUACUGCGAAUCCGAAGAGGAGGACGUUUCGGAAGAUGAAGACGGUGAGGAAUACAACCCCGAGCGUGAUGCGGACGACUACGACGGCGACUCGGCCUCGCGGUCGUGCUCCUCUUCGGAGGAAGAGGGAGAGCGAGACACGGCCGCUAACGGCAAAAUCAAAUGGUCCUCCGUGGCCAUCCGCCGCCACGGCCCCGUCGUGACGCCGGGCCCCACGGCCUACGCCGCAUCGCGAGCGCUCGACAUCGAGUCCACCUUCCGGCUGUUUGUCACACCGGCCAUAGAAAAGAUAAUUGUGGACAUGACAAAUCUGCAGGGGGUGAGAAAAUACGGCGACGGCUGGCGACCCAUGGACUCCACCGACCUGCGCGCCUACGUAGGGCUGCUGAUCCUAGCCGGCGUCUACAGGUCCCGAGGCGAGGCCGCGGCCAGCCUGUGGGACGCCGAGAGCGGCAGGACCGUGUUCCGCGCCACCAUGCCGCUCAAGGUGUUUCACAAGUACUCGAGGCUGCUGCGAUUCGACGACCGCCAGUCGAGACCCGCGAGACUCGCCACCGACAGACUGGCGGCCAUAAGAGAGGUAUGGAACCUGUGGGAGGAGCGGCAGCCGGCCCUCUACAACCCUGGGCCCGACGUGAUGGUGGACGAACAACUGGUCCCGUUCAGAGGACGCUGUCCUUUCCGACAGUACAUUCCCAGCAAGCCGGCCAAAUACGGCAUCAAGUCGUGGGUGGCCUGCGACGUCAAGUCCAGCUACGCUUGGAAGAUGCAAGUCUACACCGGCAAGGCGGCCGGCGGUGGCCCCGAGAAGAACCAGGGCACCCGCGUCGUCCUCGAUCUGACCGAGGGACUGCCGGCCGGUCACAACGUCACGUGUGACAAUUUCUUCACCUCCUACGAACUGGGCCAGCGGCUCCUCGAGAGGAACCUCACCAUGGUGGGCACGGUGAGAAAGAACAAGGCCGAGCUCCCGCCCGCGCUGCUCGACACGCUGCACGCGGAGCCCGACGUUAGCGAUCGCCGCGACCGGAAGCCGGCCCUCAUCCUAGACUACAACUGCAACAAGGGCGGCGUGGACAACCUAGACAAGGUGGUCGGCACCUACAGCUGCAGACGGAUGACCGCCCGCUGGCCCCUGGUCAUCUUCCACAACAUUCUCGACGCAUCCUCCUACAACGCCUUUGUCAUAUGGCGAGAGAUCAAGCCCGACUGGAUGCCUGGGAAGCGGAACAAGAGGAGGGUGUUCCUGGAGCAGCUCGGAAAGGCACUCGUGAAGCCCUUGAUCCAAAGAAGGCAUCGUCUCCCCCGCACCCAAGCCGCUUCCGCACUUGUCAAAGUCCUACAGAGUGCCACCGCCGAGGCUCGUCCGCCAGCCCGGGAGCAAGCCGCUGGCCCGGUCUCCGCCGCCGCCCCCCCGCCGGUGGCGAGUAAGAGGUGUCAGCUCUGCCCACCCAAGGACGCCAAGACACACACCGCGUGCUGUAGGUGUAAAAAAUAUAUCUGCAAAGGCAGUUCACACGCAUACUGUCACACUUGUGCCCACUGGGCCUUUAGCCAAGACGGGACAGGGUGA